AUGUCUCUCACAGACUUCGCUCACGAAGACUCAGAUUCCUUGAAACAUUUCCAUCUACCUAAACGGAUGUCCGUGGAUGAUGGAAAGCUGUCCCGGUUUCCGCUCGCUUCAAUGGAGGCCUUCACCCGUCCCAUUUCUGCUCUAGCCCGACAUCGAGUCCAUCAGCUUUCAGACAUACGAGAAGUUUCCGGAUCCUCAAAAAUAGUGACACAUGGCUAUGCAGUACCAGAGUGGAAUGACGGAUGCAUGGACAGACCCACAACCCCCGCCCCCCAGGCGGACGCACUCUCCCAUACUACUUCAUCCGAGUAUCUUACGCCAACCGCAUUUCAUUCUGGCACCAACAAUUAUACAGCCGGCCUGGGAAGUCGUGCCGCAAGCGCAGUCAGCCUGCCCCAUAGAUCCGUGCCCGAACGGACGUCGUCGGCCAGCAUUCUGUCACGGAGCUUUGGGGAUCCUGUUCAGGCCUCGAUGCGCGAAUUGCCCACAUGGAAGAUCUCGGAGCUGGACGGUACUGAGACACUGGUCCGCGAUAAAGUUCGAGCUGAGUCUCCCGUUCGACGAUCAAUAGGUCGUGCAGCUCAGUCAUCUGAGGUCCUCCGCCCUGUCCUUUCACGCACCUUCGUCCGCACCUCGCCUCCUCAUGAGGUCCUAGACCAUGGCAGCAUUCGUCACCCCCGAGUAGAGCUUUCGGUCAGCCUUCCCUCACCACUUUUUGUGGGAGGUGGCACCGUGGAAGGACAGCUGACCAUUCAAGUGGAUGGCGGAAUGGCAAGAAAGCCGAAGACGAAGCCCAUCUACAUAUCCAAAGCUUGCGUCGAUGUCAUCGGUGUGGAAGAAGUCAACGACGGCCGACGCUGGGUAUUUCUGUCGCUUGCGACGGACUUGUUUGAUGUCGAGAAUCCCCCUCCACCAUCUCUGGUCACGUCGCAGGACCCGGCGCCUGGUGCGGAUCUAUGGUGGGAGAUGAGGUCUGCGACUUCGGUUGUUCCGUUCUGCAUUAACCUGCCUCUGAAGCUUGGUCCCCCUCCGUACUCUUCGAGACAAGCGGCCAUCCGAUAUCUGCUGUGUCCUUCAAUUGUGAUGCUCACCGUUCACGACCCAGAGAAAGCAUUGGCCAGUCUGGCGAGUCCCCUUCUGGCGGCAGAUACACUCUACUUGGCGAGAGAGCCUGAUAUUCAAACAGUGAAACUGACCGCUGGCCUCCAUCGUCAGACCUGGGUCAACGGCGCCUUGAUCUUUAUUGACGUCCACAUUGCGAACAACACGGCAAGAUCGGUCAAGAAAAUCGAGGUUCAAUUGGAGAAGACGACGCUCUGGUAUACACACGCACCAGCGGGCACGGCAGAGAAGAGCGCAAACUAUCUCCGUCUCCCGAAGCGAACAGACGCCGAGGUGGUGAGCGGAACCACGCUGAAGAAAUCAAGCACAUGGAAGGGAGUGCCGUCUCACUCAUCAGAUGUUCGCACGAUUGAACUGGAAGCACCGCGUGGACACGUUACGAUCAGCACUGGGAGGUAUUUCGAAGUCCGUUAUUUCGUCAACGUCGUUGUGACAGUAAAAAUGUUCAAGACGGUGGCGGUCCAGCUUCCCGUCACAAUCAUACCGAUCAACUCGUUGGAUAUUUUGCCGAAUUCGCUGGCACAGGUCGCCGCUUCGAUUGAAGCCAAGAGGUCCAAAACGGUCCCUGCACCACCUCCUGGUCCUAGUUAUGCAGCCCAUCACCAAGGGCAAGCCUUCACAGCUCCCGUUCGACGUUCCGCCGAGCGUGCCAGACAAGAGCGACUGGCGCCACAAGAUGACUUGGAUAGCCUAGCAAAUGACAUUGACACGUCUCCUCGUCGACUAGCGCAUACCCACACCCAUCGCAGGGGAGGUCUUUCUGGCACGACGACAGACGAGAAUAUUGCUCCGGGGCGUCCAAGUAUGGCGUCGUCGUCACAUCACCAUCUCCAGAGGCAUCCGAGCUGUUACCACUGCCAAAUCUCGCCCGAAAACAAUUCACCUCUAAAGCCAGUAGGCCCCCGCUUGCCUAGACUCCAGGUUUCGACGUCUGGAUUGGGAUUUUCAGAAUCCGAGUUCGAGAUACCUCCUGAUUCGCCACCUCGAAAGGUGAUGUUGAGUGAGCAAGAGCGGAACAUGAUCCACCGGCAGAGAGAGCUCCAGAAUCGACAACAGCGGAGCCAGUGGGCACAGAAAAGAUCGAGUGGGGAGAACAAAAGAAGCGACGACCUAUGCACAUCGAAGGACCAUCCCAGCUACGCCAAUGUUGUGGCGGAUCCAAAAGCCGGUCCAAAGCAAAAUGAUUUCGGAAAUCUCAGUCCUGGCGUUAGGAGGAAGGGAGAUGGCCCAGCAGUUCCAAGAUCGUUGGUCGCUUCCAAGGGGCCUUCUGUUGUCAGGUCAAGGUCGAAGACGAACCCUGAGGGACCGAGAUAUCGACCCAGCAUCAGCAAACCUCGACGAAGAUCGAGCGCAGACAGGCACGACCGUAUUCGAGCGUCGGUUGAUGGAUCAGGAUUUCCAAUUAUGCCUCGCAGAUUUAGCAAGGACCUGCCGCAGAGAGGAAGCUUGGAUCGAUUGUUCUGA